AUGUGGAUGUUUUCUUGCCACAGAGCCACCUUUAUUAUUUUGACUAUUGUUGGUUUACGCACAGAAGGAAAGACCACUCUACCUACCAAAUUUACCAAGAAAUUUCUAUUCAAGGAAAUCCCAAAUGAGUUCGGGACUUCCACGAACCCACCCCCUGAAGAAGAAAUCAACUACAUGGAAAUGACGGGAACUGGAGACAUGACCGCGGAGCCCUCUACAGCAGACCCUGCCUUCCAAACAGCCACCACUCUAUUUCCUUUGGAAAAUUUCUCUCUUGACUCAGCUGACUUCUUCUUUAAUUGUUGUGACUGCUGCACACCCAUUGUUGGGCAAAAAGGGGAAGCAGGGGACCGUGGAUUUCCAGGUCCUAAAGGAGAGGUUGGCGAGCUGGGGAUUCCAGGAAUACCAGGGAUCAUGGGUCCACCGGGUCCAAAGGGCCACAAAGGAGAAAAGGGAGAUAAAGGAGAACAUGGUGAUCAAGGAAAAAAUGGAAUUCCAGGGUAUCCUGGGAAACCUGGGGAACAAGGAGAUGAAGGCUCUAAAGGAGAUAAAGGAAACUCUGGUCCGACUGGAAUCAAAGGGCAGAAAGGCACCAAAGGGGAGACCUGUGACAAUGGUACGAAAGGAGAUAAAGGAGACACUGGGGCUGUGGGGAUGCCAGGAAAAGUGGGCGAAAUGGGAGAAAAGGGAGAAAAGGGAGAGAUGGGGGAUAAAGGCUAUUGUGGUGACUCAGGAGAGAGAGGUGGGAAAGGAGAAAAAGGUGAAAUGGGAAUGAGAGGAGAAAAAGGCAGCAAAGGUGACAUUGGAGUUCAAGGCAUCGGUGGUUUUGAUGGCCAGCGUGGGGCAAAGGGCGAUCCAGGGGUCAGAGGGGAAAAGGGAGACUUGGGGCCUCCUGGCCCAAUGGGACCCGCUGGCCCCAAGGGGAGUUACGGGAGCAAAGGAGCCCGAGGGGCUGUUGGGAAGAAAGGCUCUCGAGGCCCCAAAGGGUCCAAAGGCAACAGCUCUAGAGUCGCCAGAUCUGCCUUUAGUGCCGGCUUGUCAAAACCCUUCCCUCCGCCCAACAUCCCUAUUAAAUUUGAUAAGAUUCUCUACAAUGAGCAGGAAGACUAUAAUCCCAUCACCGGAAAGUUCAACUGUAGCAUCCCUGGAACCUAUGUCUUCACUUACCACGUGACAGUGAGAGGCCGGCCUGCCCGCAUCAAUCUUGUGGCCCAGAAGAAGAAGCUGGCCCGAACUCGGGAAACACUCUCCGGCCAGGAGCUGGACCAGACUUCCUUUCUGACCAUUCUGAAACUGAAUGUCGGGGACCAGGUCUGGCUGGAAGUGGGGCGAGACUGGAAUGGGCUUUACGUCAGUGCUGAGGAUGACAGUGUAUUUACAGGGUUCCUUUUAUACCCCGAGGAGACUUUGGAGGCCACACGGUGAGCCUGGAGCCUCUAAGAGGGCCUAGGUUUCACUUUAGAAGAGUACCUUAGAAUCAUGGUAUUUUUUUCCCAAGGCAGUAUUUAUGAGCUAAUUUGUAAUGUAGUGUAGUUUUUUGUAAUUCUUCUUCACCUCCCUGGGAACCUCCCUAAAUGCUUACCAUUCCCUUCCAUGUAAAUGAGCAUGGUAAGAGCUCUUGUUGGGGCAAAUAGGCCUUAAAGAAAUUUCCAUUCCUAGUACUGGCUAUUAUGAUUCAACCUACACAGGGAAAUGUACUGUCAAAUUAGUUUAAUUCUGAAAGUGGUCACUAGCUAAAAUGGAAAGGCUAGCUCAAACAUCUUUGAAAUUUUUUAUCAAAGACUAAUGGAUUUGUAAGUGCUUGCUCAUCAACUGUUUUGCAUCAGCUUCUGCGUUUGGUAAAGUGCGCAAUAAAGGUUGACAUAGAUAUUGCUCAAUCACUGUAGCAUC